UCCUAGUAACACCCUGGAACAGAGCUAGAUCCAUAUGCUCCUGACAAGAUGACCAAAUAGGGAAAGACAUCCCACUGAGCCGUGGGGAUGCUGCCGAAAGAACAGACAUCCCACUCCGCCGUGGGAGUGGUGCCCUGAAAAGGAUCGUGAAGGUUUUCUACGUUUUCCACAGAGUCCGUUGAAGGAGGAAGUUAAAAAAACCCAGUAGAUGUUUUAAUAAAACGAGAGCCAGUCCGUCUCCAAGGAAACUAAACUCUCCAAAUCGUGAUGGAGAAACAGAACGUACGCACCCUCGUUCUCAUCAUGAGCAUCUUCACCUACCUGCUGGUCGGGGCAGCCGUCUUUGACACUCUGGAGUCGAAACAAGAGAGAAGCCAAAAGAGAAAGCUGGACGAGAGGAAGUGGGAGUUAAUACGAAAAUACAACUUGACCAAAGUGAACUUUGACGAGCUCGAAGUCGUGAUGCUGCAACUGAAACCGCACAAAGCCGGAGUGCAGUGGAAGUUCGCCGGAUCUUUUUACUUCGCUAUCACUGUGAUAACUACAAUCCCCUACGGCCAUGCUGCACCCAGCACGGACUCAGGGAAGGUGUUCUGCAUGUUCUACGCCCUCCUGGGGAUCCCCCUGACCCUUAUCAUGUUCCAGAGCAUGGGAGAACGCAUCAACACACUGGUCCGUUUCCUUUUCCAUCGGGUCAAGCAGUGUCUGGGCCUGCACCACACCGAGGUGUCCAUGGCCAACAUGGUGACCGUCGGCUUCUUCUCCUGCAUGUCAACGCUGUGUGUCGGGGCGGCAGCCUUCUCCCACUACGAGGGCUGGAGCUUCUUCCACGCCUACUACUACUGCUUCAUCACCCUGACCACCAUCGGCUUCGGGGACUACGUGGCGCUGCAGAAGGACCACGCCUUGCAGAACGACCCGCGCUACGUGGCCUUCUGCUUCGUAUACAUCUUGACGGGACUCACCGUGAUCGGCGCCUUCCUCAACCUGGUUGUGUUGAGGUUCCUGAUGAUGAACACAGAGGACGAGCGGCGCGACGCCGAGCAGAAAGCCCUCCUCUCCGCGAGGGGUGAGAAGAACGCCGACGGCGGUCUGUCUGCUGUUUCUGUCUCGGCCUCCACUUCCUCCUCCACUCCCCUAGCCACUACUACCGGCGGCACCAAGCGAGGCCCGAAGGAUGUGUACAACAAGGUGCUGGGCUUCCAGACAGUGUGUUCGUGUCUGUGGUACCGCAGCAGGGAGAAUCUGCAGGGCCAGGGAUCCAUCCCGAUGAUUAUAAACCGGGACCUGGGCUUCUCUGACCAAUACGUAGAGAACUGUACCAUGCUCUCCCCUCACUGGGACAUGAUGUCCUCUCACUACUGUGAGCCAGGUGAUACAGGGUGUGUCUGCAGCCCUAACCAGUGCAUCAGUUCCAUAGCCUCUGGCUUAAACUUCCUCACCCCAUUCAGGGCCUUUGCCAAGAGACGCAGCUCGGUCUAGAUCAGACCAAUUUCAAAUCUGGGACAUCAAAACCAGUUCCACUGCUGAUUUGAAUUCUUCCCCUCUAAUCAGGGAAUCAUUUAGACCUGGGACACCAGGUGGGUGAUUCCCCUCUAAUCAGGGAAUCAUUUAGACCUGGGACACCAGGUGGGUGAUUCCCCUCUAAUCAGGGAAUCAUUGAGACCAGGGACACCAGGUGGGUGAUUCCCCUCUAAUCAGGGAAUCAUUUAGACCAGGGACACCAGGUGGGUGAUUCCCCUCUAAUCAGGGAAUCAUUUAGACCUGGGACACCAGGUGGGUGACUCCACCAGGCUGGGAUUUGAAGAUCCCUGGUCGAGACUCAGUGAUCAGGCGGUACUCUGGACCACCAGGCUGGGAUUUGAAGAUCCCUGGUCGAGACUCAGUGAUCAGGCGGUACUCUGGACCACCAGGCUGGGAUUUGAAGAUCCCUGGUCGAGACUCAGUGAUCAGGCGGUACUCUGGACCAUCAGGCUGGGAUUUGAAGAUCCCUGGUCGAGACUCAGUGAUCAGGCGGUACUCUGGACCAUCAGGCUGGGAUUUGAAGAUCCCUGGUCGAGACUCAGUGAUCAGGUCAGAUUCCUUUACGCACCAAACAGAGGAAAUCAGCCUGAAACUGGGAUAGACUACCUGAAACUGGGAUAGACUACCUGAAACUGGGAUAGACUACCUGAAACUGGGAUAGACUACCUAAACUGGGAUAGACCACCUGAAACUGGGAUAGACUACCUGAAACUGGGAUAGACUACCUAAAACUGGGAUAGACUACCUGAAACUGGGAUAGACCGCCUGGACUGGGAUAGACCACCUGGACUGGGACAGACCACCUGGACUGGGACAAUAAGAAAUGCUUGUUUUCCCAUGCAAAACGUAUUGCUACAGUGUGCCCUAAUGAAUGUCCCAGUAGUAGGCUACUGUAGUUCAUCUCCAUAGACACUGUGAUCAAUAGCCUAGUCCUGCACUUAUGUUCAGCUUGGCAUAAACUGACACUGGCUUUUAAUGCUGGACUCAUUCUGUUAUAUUUUACAAGAUCAUGGUCCUUGUGUGGCUCUGUUGGCAAGAGCGUGGUAGUAGACACACCAAAGUUGUCGGUUCAGUUCCUGCAGAGAUCAUAUACACUUGGUAAAAAAUGUCUGCUCUCAUUGUAAAGACUGGAGAAGAGGUGUCUGCUCUCACUGUAAAGAUGAGAGAAGAGGUGUCUGCUCUCACUGUAAAGACUGGAGAAGAGGUGUCAGCUCUCACUGUAAAGACUGGAGAAGAGGUGUCUGCUCUCACUGUAAAGACUGGAGAAGAGGUGUCUGCUCUCACUGUAAAGACUGGAGAAGAGGUGUCUGCUCUCACUGUAAAGACUGGAGAAGAAGUGUCUGCUCUCACUGUAAAGAUUGGAGAAGAAGUGUCUGCUCUCACUGUAAAGACUGGAGAAGAAGUGUCUGCUCUCACUAUAAAGACUGGAGAAGAGGUUUCUGCUCUCACUGUAAAGACUGGAGAAGAAGUGUCUGCUCUCACUGUAAAGAUUGGAGAAGAAGUGUCUGCUCUCACUGUAAAGACUGGAGAAGAAGUGUCUGCUCUCACUGUAAAGAUUGGAGAAGAAGUGUCUGCUCUCACUGUAAAGAUUGGAGAAGAAGUGUCUGCUCUCACUGUAAAGACUGGAGAAGAAGUGUCUGCUCUCACUAUAAAGACUGGAGAAGAGGUUUCUGCUCUCACUGUAAAGACUGGAGAAGAAGUGUCUGCUCUCACUGUAAAGAUUGGAGAAUAAGUGUCUGCUCUCACUGUAAAGACUGGAGAAGAAGUGUCUGCUCUCACUGUAAAGAUUGGAGAAGAAGUGUCUGCUCUCACUGUAAAGACUGGAGAAGAAGUGUCUGCUCUCACUGUAAAGACUGGAGAAGAAGUGUCUGCUCUCACUGUAAAGACUGGAGAAGAGGUGUCUGCUCUCACUGUAAAGACUGGAGAAGAAGUGUCUGCUCUCACUGUAAAGAUUGGAGAAGAAGUGUCUGCUCUCACUGUAAAGACUGGAGAAGAAGUGUCUGCUCUCACUGUAAAGAUUGGAGAAGAAGUGUCUGCUCUCACUGUAAAGACUGGAGAAGAAGUGUCUGCUCUCACUGUAAAGACUGGAGAAGAAGUGUCUGCUCUCACUGUAAAGACUGGAGAAGAGGUGUCUGCUCUCACUGUAAAAACUGGAGAAGAGGUGUCUGCUCUCACUGUAAAGACUGGAGAAGAAGUGUCUGCUCUCACUGUAAAGACUGGAGAAGAGGUUUCUGCUCUCACUGUAAAGACUGGAGAAGAGGUGUCUGCUCUCACUGUAAAGACUGGAGAAGAAGUGUCUGCUCUCACUGUAAAGACUGGAGAAGAGGUGUCUGCUCUCACUGUAAAGACUGGAGAAGAAGUGUCUGCUCUCACUGUAAAGACUGGAGAAGAAGUGUCUGCUCUCACUGUAAAGACUGGAGAAGAAGUGUCUGCUCUCACUGUAAAGACUGGAGAAGAGGUGUCUGCUCUCACUGUAAAGACUGGAGAAGAGGUUUCUGCUCUCACUGUAAAGACUGGAGAAGAAGUGUCUGCUCUCACUGUAAAGACUGGAGAAGAAGUGUCUGCUCUCACUGUAAAGACUGGAGAAGAAGUGUCUGCUCUCACUGUAAAGACUGGAGAAGAGGUUUCUGCUCUCACUGUAAAGACUGGAGAAGAGGUUUCUGCUCUCACUGUAAAGACUGGAGAAGAGGUUUCUGCUCUCACUGUAAAGACUGGAGAAGAAGUGUCUGCUCUCACUGUAAAGACUGGAGAAGAGGUUUCUGCUCUCACUGUAAAGACUGGAGAAGAGGUUUCUGCUCUCACUGUAAAGACUGGAGAAGAGGUGCUAUGUUAUGAUUAAAGACCAGCCAUCUUGUAAUCUCAGGCUGUUUAGGUAAAAUCACUGCAGUCCUUUUCAGUGGUGGAAAAGUACUACAUUGUUAUACUUGAGGAAAAGUAAAGAUAUCUUAAUAGAAAAUGACUCAAGUAAAAGUCACCCAGUAAAAUACUACAUUAGACUAAAGCCCAAAAGUAUUUGGUUUUAAAUAUACUUAA